CUGCGAGAUUUGACUCUUACUGGCCACCGUAGAUUCUAGGACCUGCACUCGAUAGCUUUCAGUUUCUUCUGUGUUUCGUUCAUUUUCGUUUAGUCGUAAAAUAAACUUGAUACUUGUGUCGCAUAAUACUUUUUUUUUUUACUUCUCCGGACUGACUUAAUAUUCAACGUUUUUUUUUGCUUUUGAGGAAUAUUUUUAAGGACAAACAACGUCACGUCUUUAUUUACAGCUACCCCCCGGUUAAGCUUAGCUUGUAAGCUAGCUUCCUCAGUGUGCUACUUCGGCGGCUCUCACAAUGUUUUCUCGGAAAACUGUGAAACUUCUUUGCGGGCUCGCUGGAGGCUCCGCCGUGUUGGUGUUUGCCGACUCUCGUGGUUACCUGGGGGAGCCCAGGGAGGAGUCGAGGAGGUCUCGGUGGUCCAGGUUCCCCGUCCUUCAAGCUGCCCAGCCAGCGUGGACACCGGGCAGCCACACUCCGACCCCGACCGGACACGCUUGGGACUUCAACUGGGACAAGAGAGACCCGUCUGCGCUGUCCAACGGGAAGAAGAAGGAGAGCUCAACUGAAGACCCCAGCUCUGAGCAGGACAACAGCAAGCCCAAAGCGACGCGCAACAUCCUCCUCAUCAGACACUCUCAGUAUAACCUGAGCGGCACCACCGAUAAAGAGCGGAUCCUCACUCCGUUAGGUCGGGAGCAGGCUGAGUUCACGGGUCAGAGAUUAGCCGCGCUGGGAUUGAAGUAUGACGUGCUAAUUCACUCCAGCAUGGCCAGGGCCACGGAGACGGCGCAGAUCAUCAGCAAAUAUCUCCCAGGUGUGGACUUGGUUAGUUGUGACAUGCUGAGAGAAGGAGCACCGAUUCAGCCUGUUCCACCCGUCACUCACUGGAAACCUGAUGCUGUGCAGUACCACGAAGACGGCGCUCGCAUUGAGGCAGCUUUCCGCCGCUACAUCCACCGAGCUGACCCCAAGCAGAAGGAGGACAGCUACGAGAUCAUCGUGUGUCAUGCCAAUGUCAUCCGUUAUUUUGUCUGCAGGGCUCUGCAGUUCCCCCCGGAGGGCUGGCUGCGCAUGGGCCUGAACAACGGCAGCAUCACAUGGAUCACCAUCCGCCCGAGCGGCAGGGUGGCCCUCAGGACUUUGGGAGACUCGGGAUUCAUGCCUGUGGACAAAGUAACGCGGACCUGAAGGCCUCCGUGAACUGGAACUCUGUCGGUGUCUUGCAGGGUCAACUUUACUCCUCAAGUGUCUUAACUGUUUUUGAUGUUUUCUGAAACUUCAUGUCAUCAGGCUGGACGGAGGUCUUUACUUUAGUGCCAUGGGACGCCAGCAGAAGUGAAUUACAGCUCAACAACUCCUGAAUGUACACUUUUUUUUUUUUUUUUUGUGCUAAAACUUUGUUAGCUCCACAUCAAUAAAGUGCAGGUUUUGUGUUGUA